GCGAAAUGCAAGCACGCCCAUCUCCCGUAAAUCACGCUUUGCAGCACUCUGUAACUGCGUGUCAGCGGUGUAGAGAUCAGAAAGUGAGCUAUCUCUCGUCUUUGCUUGAAUUGUCGUCAUAUGAUGCUGAGCUCUUGAAUCAUUGUUUUAGGUCAAAUGUAGUCGGGAAUGUCCUGCAUGCGCCCGGUGCCAGCGGCUACAGGCCGAUUGUACAUAUCCCAGCCCCCCAGUCCGCCGUGGUCGGAGGUUGCGCCGCAGCUCCCGGGGCGUGCGUCGUGUAGGUGGCCAGAGUACCGAACAACUCUCCCAACGCCGUAUUAUCGUGAGCACUGUCGGCGAAUCCGCUGAUGCUCAAGACUCA